CACAAUUAAUCAUGAAGUGGCCGAAACCACUUGUAGUGUUGGUGUUAACCUUAGCUGCCAAUCAAAUCAUAUUCAUCGAAGCAUUGGAGGGUCCCACUUCAUACAGUGUAAUCCCACCUCGAGGUCGUCGACACAUCCCCUUUCAUGGCGCACAAAAGGAACAUAAAAGUCUAUUAGAUUCCAUAUUAGGGGGUGGAGGUGGAUUUGGCGGUGGAGGCGGUGGAGGUGGCGGAGGAUUCGGUGGCGGAUUUGGAGGAGGAAGCGGAGGCGGUGGAGGAUUUGGUUUUGGAGGCGGUAGUGGAAAAGGAAGUGGAGGAGGAUUUGGAGGGGGUGGUGGUUCUGGAGGCGGAUUUGGAGGAGGAUUUGGGGGAGGAUUUGAAGGAGGAUCGGCUGGUGGUUCAGGAACCGGAAUUGGUACUGGAGGAGGAAAAGGAGGUGUCGGAGGUGGAUUUGGAGGAGACGCAGGUGGUAGUAGUUUUGGAGGUGGAUCAGGAGGAGGAAAGGGAGGCGGUUCGGUUGGUGGAUCGAGUGGGGGCUAUGCUGGAUUGGGCAAUGGAAUAGACAAAGGUGGGGGCGGGUCUGCUACAGGAUCUGGUGGACAUCAAGGAGGUGCAUUUGGUGGUGGCACCGGAAUUGGUGGUGGUAUUGGUGGAGGCAAAAGUGGUGGAAGUGGAGGGAGUAGUUACGGGGGAGGUGGACAAGCUGGUGGAAGUAAAAGUGGAUACAGUGGAGGUGGAUCUGGGGGAGGUUUUGGUGGAGGAACUGGAUUUGGAGGUGGUGUAGGCGGAGGCAAAGGUGGAGAUGGAUCCUUCGGAGCUGGAAGUAGCGGUUCUACAGGUGGUGGAUUUGGAACAGCUUUAGGUGGACAAGGCAGUGGUUAUGGAACUGGAUCUGGAGGUGGUAGUUCUGGUCACGGAACCGGAGGAAUCAGUGGUGCUGGAGGUGGUUUUGGAUCCGGUGUUGGUGGAGGUACAGGUUCAGGAGUUUCAGGAAGUUCAGCUGGAGGUGGUGGAGGUGGAUUUGCAACAGGAGAUGUUAAAAUAAUCGGAGGUGGUAAAGGGAGUGGAACCGGUAAUGAUGUGGGAAGCGCUGGAGGAUAUGGGAGUGCUGGAGGUCAUGGAAGUAUUGGAUCAGCUGGUAAUGCCGGAUCUCACGGCAUUGGAAAAGGAUCAUCAGGUGGAGGUUCAGGCGGUGGCAGUAAUGGAUUUGCAACAGGAAAUGUCAACAUAUAUGGUAAAGAAUCAGGAGGCACUGGUGAUGCAGGUAGUGGAAGUACUGGUGGCGGCUUUGGGGGAGGUACUGGUGGAGGAAUAGGAGGAGGCUUCGGAGGAAGCACAGGUGCGGGAAUCGGAGGAGGAUCUGGUGGUGGGGGUUAUUUUGGAGGAGGUACCGGUGGAGGAUUAGGCGGAGGUAAAGGCGGAGGUUCCGCAGGUGGAUAUGGUGCCGGAUCCACAACCGGAGCAGGGGCUGGAUUAGGUCAUGGCAGUGGUGGAGCUGGUGGUAUUGGGGGUGGUUUUGGAUCUGCUAUCGGUGGAGGAUUAGGAGGCGAUUCAAGUGGAAGUUCCGCUGGAGGUGGUGGAGACGGAUUCGCAACUGGAGAUGUCAAAAUAUACGGAGGCAAGGGAGGCGGAACCAGUGGUGGUACUGGAAGCUUUGGAGGUCCCGGAGCCCAAGGAGGUGGUGUUGGGCACGGUUUCGGUACUGGCGGUGGAACCGGAGGAGGUUCAGGAUUUGGUGGAAGUUCAGCAAGUGGGAGUAGUGGAAGUGGAAUCAUAACUGGAGCUGGCCAUGUCGGUGGAUCAGGAGGUGGACUGGGAGGUGGACUAGGAGGAGGACUAGGAGGAGGACUUGGAGAUGGACUUGGGGGAGGACAAGGUGGUGGAAAGGGUACAGGAUUGGGAAGUGGAUUUGGUGGUGGGUCAGGUGGAGCACUCGCAGGUGGACAUGGAGGUGGAAUAGGUAGUGGACUAGGAGGAGGAGCAUAUGGGGGCGGGUUAGGCGGUGGAUUAGGAGGAGGUGCAGGAGGAUUUGGAGGUGCAGGAGGUUAUGGCGGUCAUGGUGGUAGCGGUGGUUCCUAUGGAGGAAGCAAAGGUGGCAGUCAUGGUGGAUACGGUGGUGGUAAUGCUGCAUCUUCUGCUUCUGCGUCCUCGAGUGCGUCAUCUUUUGGAUCUGGAGCUCACUCAUCAGCAGUUGCUCAUUCUUCUGCACACAGCUUUGGAGGAUGAAACAACACAUAUAUGCACCUAUUAACAGUUUUUGCUGAAUUGCUGAAACACUUCAUCCAUUGAAUAUUUAUAAAAGUGAACUCUUUGUUUAUAAAAGGAAUAAAUUGUGAAAUUGGUAA